CACAAUGGACAAGAGAGAGAGUGCGAGAGACAGAAAGUGCGUGUGUGUGUGCGUGCAUGUGUGUGGGGAAUUCACAAGUGACGCGAAUUCGCACCUCGCCAGAACGGACGCUAACCAGAAGUCAGCUUCCAGCGCACGCGACAAAUUUACUCAUUAUAACCGGAACUCCGAGCAGCGUUUGCUAUAAAAACAUCGCAGGGGAAGAAAAUUGAACUGAUUUCCGAGAACAGGAACUUUUGCCACCAAGAAGAUGUUGGAGAUCGUUUUAGUGAUGCUGUGUGGACUGACGAGCCGAGUGGCGACCAAAGAUGCAGACAAUAAAGGAAGGUUCAGCUCUCCAGUGCUGAAUGUAACUGAACGACAGAUCGUCCUAGAAAAGAACCAGAUGCUCCAGCUGAACUGCAGAGGGCGAUGGGAGCUGGAGUGGGUGUUCCCCUCGGGUAUGAGCAAGAGCCACCCAAGUGCCCGUGUAGAAGAGACUCGCUGUGGCAAGCGGGCAAACCAGUACUGCAGCCGCCUUAUCCUCAGCCCUGCCUUAGCCCAGCAUACAGGCUCCUACCGCUGCCGCUAUUCCCACAAGCAGCGCAAACACACCUCUGUCUACGUCUUCAUCACAGAUAGCCAGCAGCCAUUUGUAAAGGUGCAGAAAGAGAUCCCAGACGUGGUCUACAUGAAGGAAGGACAAGACUUAGUGUUCCCCUGUAGGGUCACUAACCCUGACACCAAAGUCUCAUUGGUCAAAUUUCCUGACCGAAGUCUUGGCACCGAUCAGAGGAACAUCAUUUGGAAUAACAGAAAGGGCUUUGUUAUCCGAAGCCCCACGUACUUCUACAUUGGCCUUUUUACCUGCGAAACCAUCGUCAAUGGGACAAAAUACACCAACAAAUUCUUGACUUACAGACCAGUGAAUAAGAUCCAAAAGGUAUAUCUGAACAGCACUGGCUUGGUACAGGCUCUGCAAGGAGAGAGGCUGGCCUUAAACUGCACCGUUACAGCUGAGUGGAACUCGAGAGUGAACAUCAAUUGGAGUUACCCUGGAAAGGCCAAUAGUAUGGUCUCAAUCAGUCGACGUAUAACACAGAGCAGGACCAAUGUGGUGUUCUACAGCAUUCUCACCAUCCAGAAACUGCACAAGGCUGAUAAAGGAAUCUACACGUGCCAUGUGACAAGUGGACCAGCAAAGCGGGAAGUCAACACCUCAGUUAUAGUUUAUGAUCAGCCCUUCAUCAAGUUAAAGCAUAGAAAUGGUCCACGGGUACAGGCACAUGCAGGGCAGAAAUCCUUUCGCCUGUCCCCCAAAUUACGGGCUUUUCCUGAACCUGAAGUCAUCUGGCUGAAAGAUGGGAUGGUGGCAGCUGAGCAGUGUUCACGUUACCAUGUAGAUGGUUAUUCUCUUGUGAUUCGAGAUGUUGCAGAGGAGGAUGCAGGGGUCUAUACCAUUCUCACUCGAAUCCAACAGUUUGGUCUUCAUCAGAACCUCACGCUCUCACUUGUGGUGAAGUUUAAGCCUCAGAUUGCGGAGAAAGCUGUAGCAGUGCAGGACACAGCAACCAUGCCACGGUCCAGCAGGCAAGUCUUCCGCUGCACUGCUCACGGCGUCCCACUGCCUCAAAUCCAAUGGCUCUGGCAUCGCUGCCCUUCUAAAGGCCUAUGCGAGGAGCUGGUUUCCUCCUCGUGGACUGCAGUGAGAGAGAGGACAGCAGUCACGUCCACCUACAAUCCCGUCCUGAGCAUCACACACACACAGGAAGUGUUGCAAGGGAAGAAUAAGACCAUAGGUAUUUUAACAGUUGGCAAGUCAUUAAUAUCUGGCAUCUAUCGCUGUGUGGCUUCCAACUCAAUGGGCACAGAUGAACUGGACAUCCGCUUCUAUGUUACAGAUGUUCAGGGAGGCUUCAGUGUCUCUGGGGACUCAGAGGAGGGGCCAAGAGAGGGCAGAGACUAUCACCUGUCCUGUGUAGCCAAUAAGCACCUGUAUUCCAACAUGUCAUGGCACAGAGUGACAGGUAGCUCAGCAGGCAUGGUGGACGGUCCACCUCUGGUUGGAGAGCUGACUGAGGGAGAAUACUCGCUCACUCUGCGCUUGACGUUGACGAACCUGACAGCGCAAGACUCUGGGACGUACCGCUGCUCUGCCACACACCUGGUCACGGGGCAGCACUCACAUCAGGAUGCACUCGUGACAGUUGCAGUUCUGGAGGCUCCAGUGCUGCUGAGGAACCUUAGCGAUUGCAGUGUGAACAUCAGCAACUCUGUGACUCUUCAGUGCCCUGCCACUGGAGUGCCACGACCUCUCAUCACAUGGUACAAGGACCGGAGGAAGCUCAAGCAGGUGUCUGGCAUCAUGCUGGCGCCAGAAGAUGGCACUCUCCACAUUGACCGCAUCACUGUUGAGGAUGAGGGCUUGUAUACAUGUGAGGCCACCAACGAGAGAGGAUCUGUGGAGAGCUCGGCUUACAUUUCAGUCGAAAAUUCUGAGUCUUUCUCUCUGGAGAUCCCCACGCUAGCCUGCACCUGUGUGGUGGCCACUCUCUUCUGGCUGCUCCUAACGCUUCUCAUUCGCAAGCUCAGACAGCCAAACUCAACAAAUGGUAAGACAGAAUACCUGCCAAUCAUCCUGCACCAGGGGGAGGGGCCUCUAGAUGAACAGUGCAAUAGGCUACAGUAUGACGCCGAAAAGUGGGAGUUCCCACAGGAGCGUCUUCAGCUGGAAAAGCCACUAGGCCGAGGGGCAUUUGGCAAAGUGAUGCAGGCAUCUGCCUUUGGCAUCGGCAACUCAGCCGGCUGCGCCACAGUAGCUGUCAAAAUGCUCAAAGAGGGAGCCACACCAAGCGAGCACAAGGCGCUAAUGACCGAGCUAAAAAUCCUCAACCAUAUCGGACAUCACCUCAACGUAGUUAAUCUCCUUGGUGCCUGCACCAGACCAGGAGGGCCUCUUAUGGUCAUAGUGGAAUACUGCAAGUAUGGCAACCUGUCCUCAUACCUAAGGAGCAAGAGGGACGUUUUCAUGCUGAACAGGGUGGAAGGAGAAGAGGAAAGGGGACAGCAGGACAAGUGGAAGAGCUGUGUGGAGAACCAAAACAGUCAGAAAGUCAGCUCUGAGUUAGAGGGUGAGAGAAGGCAGGAAAAUGAGGAAGACAAUGGUUCUGUCUCGUGCUCGAACACUCCUCUACACCUAGAGGACCUGAUCUCAUACAGCUUCCAGGUGGCCAGAGGCAUGGAGUUCCUCGCCUCACGCAAGUGUAUACACCGAGACCUCGCUGCCCGAAACAUCCUGCUAUCUGAAAACAAUGUGGUGAAAAUCUGUGAUUUUGGGCUGGCCCGAGAUCUUUACAAAGAUCCUGAUUACGUGCGCAAGGGAGACGCUCGCUUACCGCUGAAAUGGAUGUCUCCGGAAUCCAUCUUCGACAAGGUCUUCACCACUCAGAGUGAUGUCUGGUCUUAUGGUGUUCUGCUCUGGGAAAUCUUCUCACUUGGGGCGUCACCGUAUCCAGGACUCAACAUUGACGAGGAGUUUUGCCACAGACUGAAACAGGGAACUCGAAUGCGUGCCCCAGAAUACAGCACCCCUGAAAUCUACAACACCAUGCUGCUGUGCUGGGAGAGAAACCCGUCAGACAGACCCACCUUCACUGAGCUGGUGGGAACGCUAGGAGACCUUCUCCAGGCCCGCGUGCAACAGGAUGGGAAGCAUUACAUCCCCUUGAACACGUUUUUGUCAGGAGAGAGUGGUGCAGAGCAUCUGGACUACAGAGACACGCACCAAGGAAGCCCGAGAUACAUCAACACCAGAAUCGAUACUAUUGCCACGUUUGAAGAGGACCUCAACAGAGAAGUCCCAGAAGAUUCCCAGUCUGACAGUGGCAUGGUUCUCCCGUCUGAAGAGUUCAUCCAGCUGAAAUGGACCGACAAGUUCAAGACCAAAAAGAUAACCAGGUUCUUCUUGAAAAGAGAGCACCAGGAGAAAAUGUUACCCACUUCGGCACUCCCCUGUGUGAGUGGCGUCCCCUGUGGCCGGGGGGAGAACGACGACACGGCCGUCCCAUGUGGUGCACCUCCUCCUGACUACAACACUGCUCUGCUCUACCCUUCUCUUUAACACACACUCCUAAAUAUGACUGGUCAUUCAAUUCCUGAGUUUAUAGACACGGUUUUAUAACUGUUUUUAAAUAGAAAAUAGAAUAGAAAAUUUAAUAGAAAAUGAAACAUUCUGAAUUGAACAUUCAGAAAAAAAAACAUUUUUCAUAAUACUUCAUUAUUUAAUGCUUUUGCAUUAUUAAAAAAAAAAAAAGCUUUAAACAAUUUAAGGAUUAUCGUAACAUCUGCAUUUAGCCAAAAUCUGUAUUUAUUAUUAUUAAUAUUAUUAUUAUUGUUAAACCUAACUAGAUAAUUAGAAUUUUUAUUUAAGCAGGCCUAUGAAAUAGCUCUUCUGUAAGAAAGAAUAAAUAGAACCUUUUUUAACAAAUGGAUAAUUAUGAAUUGUUAGAAGUUUCCAGAAACGUUGGACAGAAAACUAACAAUGCUAAUUAUCAAGCGCACUUAAAUCCAAGUAUUUUAAUGCUAGUUUUAUCUCAAAACUCUCCCAGAUUUCAAUUAUUUAAAAUACAUAUUACUUAAAGUACGUAAUACGUCACACUAGUUGGUUAACGUUAGUUCGGUAACUAAGUGAAAUGAAAUUAAUAUAAUUUCCAAACUGAAUAUUUGGUGACGUUUCAAAAUACAAAUAUUUGGUAAACUUUUGAAACAAAACAACAACAAAAAAGUAAAAUAUUGUUAGCAUCUCCGACGCUGUCCACGGCGCAGAAAGGUCACGUGACAAACUGGGACGUCCGCAUGCACCUUUCCCCACUUCUCCUACACGUGUAAAUCCAUACACAAAAUAAAACACCAUUUUUGGACACAGGCGAGUUUUCGCUCAGAGAAACGUGUUUAGUUAAUGUUUUAUAGGACAGAGUGGCUCACAUGCCCUUAUUCUCCUCUAAGCGGACGUAGUUACAUCAUUCGCUGGUUUCUUGUGUUAACCAAUCAAAGAAGCAGUAAUUUAAAAAACAAAAACAGAGGGUUUAUUUUUAAUAAACCAUUUUUCUUUUCAAAACCAUUACAAAUUCAACAUUUUGUGCUUUAUAAUUUUUUUUUUCCUUUUAACAUCAAUAUUCGUUUUAUUCCUCAUCUCACUUUUCAUUAUUUCCUAAUAUUUUAUGAAAGAGUCUUUAAAAACAAAAUUACAAACUGCACCUUUAAAGUGAUAACUUUAAUAUUCACAGAGCUUUAAAGAUGAUACUAGACAGAAGAAUGAUACUCGAUAUCAGCAUGCUUCAGAUCUCGUUAUUUAGUUAUUUAUCAAGCUUCUGUUUACAUUUUUCCGGACCAGAACUAAGCUCCACCCUGAGCGGGAACUGAACUGCUUAGCACUGCAUCUUUUCCUUUAAAAGCAACUCAAUAGCCAUAAGUUUCAUGCUUCUCAAUGCUCCUAAUCGAUGCUUUUUGGUCUCCUCGUACCUAUGUACUUCAACUUGUAACCAAAUACAGAUGUUAUGCCCAGUGACAGGCAAUGCAGCUGUGCAGCAGUUCAUCAAGCUUUAAACUGAUGCUUCUUUGAGUAAAGGCGUCUCUGUUAGUAAGCCACUGAUUCAUUUGUCCUCAUGUACAUAAGUAGUGGGAUAUGCUAUGAUUUCAGGAAAUGAAGCCAGGAAAAGAAACAAGGAAGUGUGAUUAAAGAAAUGAGAAGUCAAGAGGAAGUCAAGGGGAAGAGAAAUUCACCUAACAGGCAGCAGAGGGCUCUGAAAAUUACAAACUACUCCUUUAAAGGAAGCUCUUGGUCAUUAUUUGUGAUUAAUUUUUCUAUUCACUGAGCAGCUAAAAGCAUUUAUCUACUGUAAUAAAGUGCACUGACUACAGAUUUUGUAGGGAAGAUGCAUCACAUUGAACUGUAGAGCAUCACAAUUGUCACAAAUCUGUGUUGCCUAAACUAAUGCUGGACGUCUACGACAGGUUUAUUUAUUUACACUAAUUACCUUAGCCAUGCAAUUAGUGCAGCAAGUAUUUAUGUAGAUGGCUUUUUUUAAGACACUCGUCAAUGUCCAGUGCCUUACAUGAGUAUUCACCCCAUUUCAACUUUUCCAAACCCGUCCUAUUACAUCAAAUAGGAAACAUAAAAGUUGUGAUUGAAUAAGUAUUUAGUUCGGGUGCAAUCAGUCAGAAGUGUGACCAGAAGUUAAACAGAAGUCGACCUCUGUGCAAUUAAAGUGCCAAGUGCUCGCAAUAUAAAUACACCUGCUUCGUGAAGGCCCCAGAGUUAGUUAGAGAACAAACCUAAACAAACUUUCAUGAAGACAAAGGAGCAAAAACAAAGCAAAAAAAAAAAAAAAAAAGG